GGCCGCCCCCGGCGGGCGGCGCGGGGGAGGCGCGGCGGCGCGUCCCGCCUCCCGGCCUGCCUCGGCGGGGACAAAGGCGCGGGGCCAUGGCGUCCGCCGGCGGCCACCAGCCGAGCCAGAGCCGCGCCAUCCCCACGCGCACCGUGGCCAUCAGCGACGCGGCGCAGCUACCUCACGACUACUGCACCACCCCCGGCGGCACCCUCUUCUCCACCACCCCCGGAGGAACCCGCAUCAUCUACGACCGAAAGUUCCUGCUCGACCGCCGCAACUCCCCCAUGGCCCAGACCCCGCCGUGCCAUCUCCCGAAUAUUCCCGGCGUCACCAGCCCCGGCUCUGCGGUCGAGGAGCCCAAAGCGGAGGUUAACAACCUGAACAAUCACGACGGGAAGCCUUCGAUGGGGGACGAUGCGCAGUUUGAGAUGGAUAUCUGACCGGCCCAUGGAGAGGCAGCACCUCCUGACACCUGUGCACACCUGAUUCGGCUAGCAGGAUCCGUACCCGGGAGGUGGAAGAAGCAGCAGCGGCAACAGUCUCCGUCAGCGUCCCCUCCUCACCCUUCCAGGUGCCAAAGGCUCAGAAGACCAGCUCCUCGGCCCCUUCCCCUUCCUCUUCCUCUCUUUUAAACCCUCGCCAGGAUAUACCGAGCUGAGGAACGCGUCUCUGACUUCUCGCACUUUAAAGGUGACCUGUGAAAGCACGCGCAGGCGAGAAUACACCUUCCCGAUAUCUUGCCCCCCGGUCCACACCUCCGUCACCAGGAGCGGCAGGGAGACAGGCGAUCUGUGGCUGGUGGAUACGGCGUCACCCCUCAUCCUCUGCCCGCCCGCCGCCUGAUCGCGGCUUGCCGAUGGCCCAGCCAGCGCGUGCCUGCAAUACAGCGUCUCUAGUGCUUUUGGUCACUUGUGCUUUUAAAACUUGCUCAGAGGAGCGGGAAGAGGGCUGGUUUCUGCUCCCUCUGAGCCCCUUUGCCUCAGCAGUCAGAGCGCUCCUAGGUAUGCAGGGGGCUGGUGUCUCUCUCUGCACAUCGCGCUCUUUUUCUGAAGAAGGAUUGCAUUAAUUUGUGUCAAUCCUGCGUUUUACCCGGUUCUUCCCUUCCUGGCUUCUUUUUGAAUAGCCUUUCUCCGUGCAUUCAGAGCCUCUGUUUACUGUUCUGCUGCUUCCUCCUCUGCCCUCCUUCCCCUUUCCCCUCCCGAAGGAACAUUGCCCCAAAACUCCCGUUGGCAGAAGCUUCGCGUUUUUGUUUCACGUGAGUUCUGCUUGGCAGAGCCAUCGGCUCCGAGCCGAGGGGGAGCUGACGCAGGAGGGCUUGCUAUUCUCCUCGCUGGCUCUCCUUGGCGGCUUCCCCGUUCUGGCCCGUUUUUCUCCCGGUUUCUCUGGCCGGCCGCGUUGCAGACAAACACUGAAGGUACUUCAGAAACAGCUCGUUCCUGGUGCCUCUUUGAGCUCUCUUACACCAGUAACCAUCCUGUCCUCACCCCAUCCCCUUUCCAAAACUCGUUUUAAGGAAUACCCAUGAAAACUGAGGUUUUAAGCAGCUGACUCCCCUUGGCAGCAGCGUGGGUUCAGAGUUGCACCACCCUGCUUGCCCCUUCGCCCAGAAACUCGCCGGCGGUGCCAGCCCAGUGUGGCCGCCUUGCUGGCAGGAUGGGGAGAGUGUUCUGCUGCCGCCCCGUGCGAAACGUCCCCGGGCUUGUGCCACCGGGCAGUUGUGGCCCUGCUCCUUCGGGCCUCCCUCACCUCCGGUCCCCUGCGCCUUGCACCCGCUGGCCCCGUUCCCUUUCCCGGGGUGCCUCGUGUCCCGGCCGGCUCGUGCAACCGAGCCUCCGCUUGCUCCGGGCUUUUCUGGUCCCCGCUCAGGUGCUGCUCUGCUGCCGAAGGGGUUACUUUUGGGCAACCCCCGGAUUUUGGCUGGGGGCUGCGCAUCAAGCGCAGUGCGUUGGGUCGAGUAAAACCUUUCUAGCCUGGCCCUUAGGUGCUGCCGGGGAACCGAGCUAGUUGCCGAUGGCGUUGGGCAACGUACCCGGCAGUACACCAGUCAGAAUCAGGGCAGCUUAGCCAUACGUUGUGAAAAGCCCUUGUUUUUAUUCUUGGUACUGAAAAGGGGCACUUUACUGGUAACUUCCUUUUUGGGCUGGGGUGAAUGUGUCCUGAAAAGUGCUCUCUCUAUUGCUUUCUUUUUUUUUAAUUUCCCCCCUUCAAAAUGUGAAUAAUACAGGAGCAAAAUCCCUCUGUGAUGUUUGCUGUCUCAGGAAUCGGCUUGGUCCGCAGCGCGUGCGGGAGAUGCGGGGCGUCCUAAAAGCUUGAUGAUCAGUGAAGUAACUUAAAAAAAUGCGUUUGCCUGCUCUGUGCUCGCUCUCUGGCGUUGUUUGCCGGCGUUUUGUGCGAGAGGCGCUGCAGAGAGCUGGCUUGUCGGGAGCUCCCGCGUCCGGCGUGGCCGGUUCGGGUGAGCCCGGUGCCGGGGUGCGGGCGGAGGCUUUUCCGCUCUGCCUCAUGUGUCACCACCAGCAGUUUCUGCAUCCCGGCUGCCGCGGGGCCGAUGAGGCAGAACGGGCGGCAGCUUCGCUCCGAGGAGGAACCGGGGCCCGUCCCUGGACGGAGCAGACCCGAGCCGGGCGGCGCACGGAGGCGGCCAGGCCUGACGGGCAGUGCCGCUGCGGGAAAAACGGCAGCGCUGCCAAAUCGCUGCCCUUGGCAGCUUUGCCAGCCCUGGCAGCGCGGCAGGGAUAAGAGCUUGUCUGUUCUGCUCAGUCUAGUGCCUGGCAUCCUUAAGUCCCCGGGAGAUGCCAUUUUUCUCUCUACAUGUGAAUUUUGAGUUUGAAGUAGAGUUCGACUAAGAUCUGGGCGCAGUCGCUGCAAUCGGGGAUGCCGCAGUGCCUGCGGAGCGGGGGGAGCCGGCACCAGCUCACGCGCCGGUGUCGCCCCGCACAGCCGCAGCCGGAGUGCCGGGCUUUGCCGUUUGACCCUGGCAGCGCCUUUUUUGCAGGCAACCCUUCAGAAACGUUUUACUUCCCGUUACUAACAAACUGGAAGACCGAAGCCAGUCUUUCCCUUUGAGGAUGACUCAUCUGCUGCUUCCUCCCGGCUUAGCCUAAACUGUGAAAAUGGGGCGAUUGUUUCCAUCCGGUUCUGCACUACCAGCACGGCUACAGCAGCGAGGGGAAAACUGCUGUCCUGGCACUAUGCAUUCAGGAGGAAGGGCAGUCCAUAGAAAUGUCGACAAACUUUCUUUCUUUAAAAAAAAAAAAAAAAAGCCUUAACUCUUGUGUUUUUAAACCCUUGUGUCCCAAAUCUUGCAGGCUAGGUCUUUCCCUGCGUGACAGCAGCCUCGAGGUGUGCUUCGAGCAGUAACCUUCACGCGGUUCACCUGGUGAUGGGACAGUUCUCCUUGCUGUCUUGAGACCCUGAAGCGGUGCAGAGCCAUCACAGCCGCCUGUAAGCUGCCUCCGAGCAGGGGAGCAGAGGUCCGGGCAGACUUUGGCUGCUGUCUUGGCUCUGGGAGCUGGUGCAGCCCGGAGCCCCACGACCAGCUCUUGCUUGCGCAUUGGGACUAACUCCAGAGCUGGCGAGCACCAAGACCACGUGAGGCCACCACCUUCUUUCCUUGUAUGCUUGUACUGACCUGCUACGUAGCGAUGAAACCCCUGGGGCUCCGGAGGGCUGGAGAGGGCUGUCAGGGAGGGAGUUUGGUUUGUAGCCGUGUCUGUAAGUCAGCACUGGCCUGUUCCUGCUCUCGUCUGACUCCGGGUGAGAGCGAGCUGUUUGCACGUAGGUGUCUAGUGCCAUUUCGGUUGCUGUAGGCUGCCCUGCCUGGCUCUGGCUGCCGCUCCAGGCACGUGGGGUCAUCCGAUGGUCCUGCAUCAUUUCUACUGGUCCUGUGUCAUUUCGGCCAGUCACGUGUAGCUGCCUUGGCCGCUCUGUGCUUCUCCCAAGCGUGCUAGAUACCUACAGGUGGCCAGACCUGCCUGGCGGGGUCAGGGGUCCGACAUGCCAGAUCGACCGCACACCUGAUCUGGUUUCCAGACUUGCAGAAGGAUCUUGCUACCCUAUUUUGAACGAUGAGCUCACCAAAGACAGCCUAGCGGUGGCUUGCUCCGGCUUGCAAGCUAGCUGGCUGCUAGCUAGUUCCCAGGGUGCUGGAGGAGUUUGCACAGCAUACUCUCAUCUUCUCUGGAAAAAAAACAGGCAGUAGAUACUCAGGAAAGGAGCAGUCAGGUGCCAGGUGUCACACAGCCUUGUUCCCUGCUGGCUUCUUGCCCUUCUCUGGCUGUCAGUCUCUUCUGACAGAUUAAAAUAAGUGUGUCCAGCUCUUCAAGCUCUUCCAUUGCAUCCUUCCCCCCUCCAAUAUACCUGUAGGCACAAAAGAUGACUUGCGAGAGGAUUCGAGGAGGUGUCGGUGGUGGUCUCGUGUGCUCUCCCUGUUUGCCCCUUCCUUCUGCAAAAAUGCUUCUCGGCAUUUACACCCAGCUGAGAGCCAGCUUGGCCCUUCAGACAAGAGACCCUUCUCUUCCCAGGGAAAGCUUCAAAAGGGAUCUUGACCUCCGAAUGGAAACGCUCUCUUGCGUCCCUUUCUGAGGAUAUAAGCUGGCCAUUCGGCCAGGCUACGGGCUACCAGACAGCCGCAAUAAGCUGUGCGACUUGUCACAACUGUCUAAGGUCUUCCGAAGCUCCUUGAAGGAAUUGCUUUCCUUUUCAGGCUUUGGCUGCACAUACAGCGUGCCUUUGACAGCUCAAACAUGUUUCGAACUGCUCUGUUCUCUGAUCUAAUUAGUCUGUGGAUGCAGCAUUUCUCCCCGGGGCUUUCAAAUCUGUCUUGCUAAAUCAGCCUCAGAGGGCAGGAUGAAAUCAUUUUCUAAUUAUGCCCUUUGCUCUGCUUCCUCUCUUCCCACCCUGUUAGGGAUCAGUUCUUGCAUCUCUUCUUUCAUCAUUAAGAUCUUGUGUUUUCUCUUGAGCAUCUUGUGCAAAUUACACCAGCGCCGGGCGGCUCUUUGGGAUCUGGCAGCAGUUGGUGCUGGGGAAGAUGCCGCUUAGAAACUGGGCAUAGUGGGAAGACGAGGGGAGCUGGUGCAGCGUGUACCUGUGGCAUCCUCCUACUCGUCUUCUCGGCUGGUUUAGUCAUUCACCUGGCUCCGUGGCCUGUCUAGGAAACUGCCGAAUGACACAGAGCUGGUUGGCUUCGUCAGCUGGUCACCGAGAUGGGUCAAAACCUGGCCAUCCAAGCGAAAGCCAGGAGCCUCCUCCGGGGAGAUGCUUAUCGCCUGAAAUACCUGAAUUUCAUCUUCUGCCUAGAUUUCAGCUGCCACUCGAGUGCCCGCUCCCCCUUCCUUCCUCAGAAGGGUGCCCAGGGUCCCUUUGGCGUCAGCCCGCCCAAGGUGGCCACUGCUGCUGUCUUCCAUCUCGCUGGGACAGGGCUCUCCUCCGCGACGCCCCGUGCCUCUGCUCCCGGCCGCGGCGGGGAGACGCUUCCCCCGGCGAGGCGAUGGUGCUGGCCUCGCCUGCCCGCCCUGCGCUCGCGACCUGCGCCUUGUGCUUUGCCUUCUCAGAGACAGUGUUAAAAUCCUCCAGUCCGGCUGCGUGGUGGAUUCAUUCGGCAUCAAAGAUGCAGGGUUUGUGCACUUUUUUUUUUUGGUAAUUUAUUUCUCUAGGUGUGUUUGGUUCAGAUUGGUGCAGUGUCUAGUUUUAAGCUACCAUCUUCGAUCUAAUUUUCCACGUAGAGGCAAGAGUUAAAGGAGGUCAACUCUUUCAGGAGGUUUCUGCCACUCGUUUUGGUGGGGGGAAACCAAAACCAAGGAAAUCUGAGGUCUCUCGGUAGCAUGCCUCUCAACCACCCUUCCCUUUGGACUGAAUCUCAUGCCGUGUGGAUUUGGCGUGAACUCGCUUUGCCAGGUCCUGAAAUCGAGAUGAUUAGAGAGAAAUGCUUUGUUCCCAAAUUCCGCCCGACUUGAAGCUCCUGGUCCCUUUACCGCCGUUCCUCCGAUUUGAAAUCCCACACGUAGUAGUUGGCAGGUUGCGACGUGUACUUUUAGCCAUUAACUGGGAGAUGGCCAUCUUAGGCGCACGAGUGGAUGAGUGCGAGUAGAAAUAUGUAUAUGUGUGUGGGGUGGAUGUUUGUAACACACACAAAUAUAUAUAUUAUAUAUAAAUAAAUAUAUUUUCCUUAAAACGAAGAUCCUAGGAAGUCUAUUACCUCCUUGGAUGGAGGGAGCAGCAGGGCAGGGGGAGAAAACGUACUUAUUUGAGCACGAACGGAGACUGCUCCUACAUGGACCAUCGACUUCGGCAGAGUGACUCGUUUGGCAAAAUCUGCUCUCCAAGCCAAAAAUCUGAGGAUAACUAACUUAACGGGCAGGAGCCAGAAGAAACACGCAGCUGGAGAGAGCUUUAACCGCUGGAUUGCACAAGGAGUGGAAACGCGACGCCCUGGCCGGCGCGGGGGGCGAGCGCGGCCGUGUCCCAGUGCCUUCCUCUGCCGCCGGGAGGGAAGCGGCCGUGCUCCGCAGCCGGCUCCGCAGCCGCCCGCGGCGGGCAAUACCACGGAUAGGACCAUCCGAGUGUCCUUGACCUUUUUAGUUCAACUCGCCGGUUUAAAAGAAGCAAAACCACUUUUUUUUUUCCCCCCCCCCCGAACGCCCCCUUCCCAACCUCCUUUUGUCUCCGUUUCCCGGCCCAUCGCCUUUCUACGAGGUUUCUUUUUAAAUGGGAUUCUGGCUGAAAAGCAAGGAGCGCCCGACGUGUCUUGGGGCAGCUCCUCUGCUGUUCAGGUUUUUUUACUGUCUUUCAAAACAGGUGUUUGGGAGGAAAAAAGCUCUCACCAGUGGUUGCUGUUACAGUGAGAUCAAUAAAGAUCUUGAUUCUAUUAAA